AUGACAGACUUUCGAAUGCCCCUCCAUCAAGGGCCUCCAGCCCGGAAGCCCCUCUCUGGUGCCCAGCACGGAUAUGGUGGAUAUCAGUCCUAUGAUUCUUCACGACCCCAACUUGCGCCCAAUCUAGCGAGCCCGCAGACCUCGCACAGCCGGACUCGCACCACAUCCUCCAACGUGCUACCCUACUCAGGCGGCUCUCAGCACUACCACGGCGCUCCUCCUCCACCUCCUAUUCCCCAAAUGACGCUUCCCCGUCAACCAUCUCGACGCAUGUCUAGCACCACCACUUCGACCUCGUCUACCAGCAACCACCCUACAGUACAUGCGGGGCAAGGUGUUUCUGACAUCCGGCGAACUGCUUCGUCUCGCUCCGCCAACUCUCAGCUUGGGUAUGUGGCCCUCAUGCGGCGACAAAAAGCUACAGUGUGGUGUGACCGGGCACAACCUGAAGACGCCAGAAUGCGAGAACAAGCCUUAAGGGACAAGAAGAGAGCAUACCUUGAAGUCCAUGGCUCAGGGUCUGGCCGGGCAGGAACCUUGGCUAGUGGCAAGAUCAAACACGGUCCUAAGGGAGCUAUGGAGUUCUCGCCCUCAAACCUAGUGGGCGCCAAGGUCCCCGUGCGACUCAGUGCGAACGAAGUCGGCGAUGGGGAUGAUGACACUCUCAGCAGUGAUGGUGGUGCAAUUCACAGACGGACCGGCAGCGGUCGCAGCUCUCUAGGAAGUGCCCACCGUUACCCAAGUGGAUACUCGAGGCCACAGGGAACGAUGGGCAGCAGCAGCACGCCCCCCAACGAGAAGACCGACCUUCCAGAAGUGUCGGAAAAUACACCCGCAGAGAUCCACGAAGAGAAAAAGAGCCGACUGCCAUCACUCCACAAAGAUGAUGCCGCGACAACACACAGCAGCGAGCAAGAGCAAGAAGACUUCGUUGGUGAGAUGCAGGCUCCGAACGCAGCCACCGCAGCAGCCGAGAAAGCCCAAAGGGCAGCCGAGUUGCGACGACGGGGCAGUGUAGACGAGCGGACUACUACCAUGACCAAUGUGCGACUUUUCGUCGCAAAUCCCGAUUCAGACAGCGACUGA